AUACCAGUGUUGGGAUGCAUGUGCGUGCACUGUGUGUGUCGCAAUGAAAAUAACAGUUGACUCACGUGUUAAUCUUGGACCGAGAGCGGGUUGUGUGCCGUGCACGUGUGGCGUUACUUUUCCAUUUUUCAUUUGAAACAAAAGGCAAAAAUGUCCAAAGAAUACUUUUGGGGAGACUCAUUGACAGGUUCAAAAAAGGAGAUCAAGUGGAAUCCUUCCCUUGAGGAUGAAGAUGAUUUUGACAAUCUGGACGGUGAUGGUAUUCAACACUUUCUCUUCCUUAAGCAGGCAGUCCUUGGACCAGGCGCUGAGGAAGCAGAGAGGAAUGUGGUUGAGAUAGAAACUGACAAUUUUGAUGGUGAUAGUGUCAAACAGCCUCUUUUCUCGCUGAAGCUUGGACUCAAUGAAAGUAGUCCACUAGACAUUGGUGUCCAGCCACCUGUCACCUUCACAUUAACAUCAGGCUCUGGGCCUGUCUACCUGAGUGGACAGCACAUGAUAGAAAUCAGUGCAGACGAAGGAGAUGAGGAAUUGGAGGAGGAGGAAGAAGAAGACGACGACUUGGAGAUCAAUGCAUCACCUGAACUCCCUGCCGCUAAAAGCAAAAAGAGACCGCUGUCUACGUCAGAAGGCACUGCCAAAAAACCCAAGAUGGCAAAAUUAGACAAAGACACUGGCAAAGACGAGGAUGAGGAAGACGAAGAUGAAGAUAAUGCUGAAAUGGCUGAGAUAGAAGAUGAUGAAGACGACGAGGAUGAUGAGGAUUUUGAAGAUGAAGAUGAAGAUGACGACGACAGUGAUGAGGAAGACGAGGAAGACGAGGAGGAGGAAGAUGAAGAUGAUGAAUCACCAGAGAAACCUGCUAAGAGGAAAGUGGCAAGCAAAAAGGGUCAGAUGAAUGGCGCAGCAUCAGCCAAGGGGGACAGCAAAGCGGUAGCCAAGGCGCUCAGUAAACCACCUAAAGCCAAGGGAAAGAAGAAAGUACUUGGACUGGAUGAAAUCAAAGGAAAGAUUAAAGAGAGUACAAGUGUUCCCAAGAAAGAGGAAAAGUUCAAGAAUUACCUCCGUUCAGCAUUCCACAUCUCCGAAGCAAAGAAACUACAAGAUCUCUGGGGGUGGUACCGAGCUUCCCUUCAGAAGUGAAUCAAGCUGACUAGGUUCACCUGAGUCCCUCCUUGCUUCCCUUCCGCCCCCCCCCCCCCCACUGCCCCCUUCCCUUCUAUACUUCAUGUAUCCAGCCCGCAACAUCACUCAUAGUUAGUCACGGCCGGAAGACUUCCUCCCAAGUCACUGCUGUUUCAUCCCCAGGUUCUCAACCAAGAACAUUAUUUUCUGUAUUUGUUUCUCCGUGACUCUUUGCAGAGGGCAUUUUAGCUCUUAUGUAGAAUACUUCUCCCCCCCCCAAAAAAAAGUGCUGAAAUUGCCUGCACUGGUUAGACCCAAUUGAGGAAAUUAUUUCAGUUCAUAGCUCCAGUGAAUUUGAACCUGCCCAUUUAUUCAUUAUUUGAAAAAAGGAAUGAGUAAGAAUGAUUGUGUUUCAGAGGAAAUCAAACGUUAAGAAUAUUUCUGAAGUGGAGAUGUUGCUAUGUAAAAAAAAAAUUCUAGAGAAGUUAUUUGGUAAUUUUCAAAAGAUAUUUAUCGUGAAGGUGCCUUAAAUUUUUUGCAGGAGUUUUACACUUGUGAUCAUUCUAAAAAUUAAUUGUCCGGAUUUGAAAGACCCACAACCUCCAAGAUGCGCAUUGUUUUCAUCAGGGUAAUCAAGAUUACCGGUAGAUGCUGCCAGUCCGAUACCAUUUCUAAUAAGCGUAUACGAAAGCACCGCUGUUGAAGAGAAAUAAGGAGAUAGUCACUUCCAGCUGAGGACUCUGUCCGGCGUAGCAUCAGAGCCCAAGAUUCUGACAAGAAUGAGCAGGGAACCAGCCCAAACGUCAUAGGCUUUGCAUGACACUUUGGCUGGUGACUCGUUUUGUUUGCUUUUUGUCGGCUUUUUGUUUUGUUUUCAGAAAUGUGUGUAGUAUGGCCAGUUACGAUUGAUGUAAUCCUGCUUUGUAGACAUGUUAACACAUGUAAUAACAUUCACUCAUUGUCUUGUGAUGUUUCUUAUGUGGUUAGUUCCUUCAUGUAUUAAGUGUUUGUCCAGGUUCUUCAAGGUCCCAAAAUGUC